AUGGAUCUUUUCGGUUACAUUUUGUUAACUCUUAUUGACAUGUCUGAUAAUGGUUUAAAUCAUUUAGACAAUAUGGAUGAGGUGUUCCUUGGUUUCAAUUUUAUUGUGUUUAUCCAUGCUUUUAGCCGAAUUUAUGUAUAUCAUGCUUUGGUUACUGAUGAGCAGCAUUCUUAUUGUCUUUCUUGGGAGUUCUCUAUUUCGUUCCCUUAUAGUGAGGAUGAGGUGUUCCUUGGAUUCAAUAUUACUGUGUUUAUCCAUGCUUUUAGGCGAAUUUAUGUCUAUCGUGCUUUGGUUACUGAUGAGCAGAAUCUCGAAUGGAAGGCUUAUCCUUGCAGUCCUCUUUUGCAGGUUUCUGGAGCUUUGCGCUUGUUUUGUGCAGGAUAUUUUCGUGAUUGGAAGGGCUGUGCUGAAGGGCCAUGGAAGCUUCCAUUCUUCGGAAGCAUUCACCAUCUUAUAACUGGAGAGCAAACCCAUCACAGAUUUUAUAGGCUUGCCCAGAAAUAUGGCCCUCUAUUUAACAUCAAGCUUGGCAAUGUAAACUUUGUGGUUGCAUCUAGCUCCAGCACUGCUCGCGAGGUGCUAAAUACUCAUGAUCUUGUUUUAGCCUCGCGACCAACACUUUUAGCUGUUGAGAUGAUUGGUUACAAGUCGAGUGGCAUUGGCUUCUCUCCAUAUGGUCCUUAUUGGAGACAACUACGUAAGAUAUGCACUGUAGAGCUCCUCAGUGCAAAGAAAGUUAAAUCUUUGGGCUUCAUCAGAUAUGAAGAAGCUCACAAUCUUCUUCAUAAUAUUCGAACAAAUGCUGGAUCUCCGUUGAACCUAACAGAGAUGUUUCAAGUGGUCAGUAACACGCAAAUAACUAGAACGGUGAUUGGGAAGGAGUGUACAAGUCGCCAAAGGUUUAUAUUAGCAAUGAAGGAAACUAUCAAACUUCUUCCAAUGUUAAGGGUAGCUGAUUUGUUUCCAUCUUUUAGCUUUCUUAUUAGUCUUCUCGAUGGGUCAAGUUUCCAAAUGAAAAGGCUUUAUCGUGAAAUGGAUCAAAUUUUGGAAGAGAUAAUUUCAGAGCACAAAGAAAAUGCAGCAGUUGCUGAUGAAAUGGAGGAGGAUUUCGUUGAUGUUUUGUUGAGAAUUCAGGAGAAAGGACAGUUACAAGUUCCUAUAACAAUGGAUAAUGUUAAAGCUGUGAUCUUAGACAUGCUUGUUGCUGCAACAGAGACAACAUCAAACACAAUGUGUUGGAUCAUGUCGGAACUCAUUCGUCAUCCAGAGGUCAUGUCUAUGGCUCAAAAAGAGAUAAGAGAAGUCCUUGGAUCAAAAAUAAAAAUUGAAGAUGAUGAUAUCAAUAAUCUACAUUACCUUCAUAAUGUCGUAAAAGAAACUUUAAGAUUACACCCCCCUUUACCUUUGCUUCUUCCUAGAACUUCCAGUGAGGCCAUUGAGCUAUUAGGAUUUGUCAUACCAACAAAAGCCCGUGUGGUGGUUAAUGCAUGGGCAAUUGCUAGAGAUCCAAAAAUUUGGAAGAAUCCUAAUAGCUUUUGUCCUGAUAGAUUCAAUGGGAGUACACAUGAUAUUAAAGGAACCAAUUAUGAGUACAUACCUUUCGGGUCAGGACGAAGGAUUUGCCCAGGAAUGACAUUUGCAAUGGCCGGUAUGGAGCUCUUCCUUUCAUUAUUGCUCUUACACUUUGACUGGGAAAUACCAGGUGGGACGGAUCCUAUGGAGCUUGACAUGGAAGAGGUGUUUGAUGGUACGGCUAGGAGAAAGAAAGAUUUAUAUUUAAUUGCCAUUCCUCAUUCCUUCUAA